AUGGCCAGCAGCCGUGGCAAAGGAGCACAGCCAACUUUCAAGUUGCAUGAAAUGCGAUCCGCAGUUCCCCAAUUCGAAUCCAAUAGCCAAUUUGGUGACCAAUAUCAAGAUAGAAGAUAUAUCCCAUCAUAUCAAGUUCAAUCUGUAAAGGAGACUGGACGAACAAUGCCUCAUGCCAAUUACGAUCUUUCUAAACUUUACGAGCCAGCAACACAAGAACUUCGGAAUCAACAAAUCCCUGAUAGCGACAUUCAUAUCAAUAGCUCACCAAGCGAUACUUCGAACACUAAUACAGCUUUGACAACAGAAAAUAAUGGAAGAAUAUCACACUCUGGUAAUGGUAAAAUGCCGUCAACGAGUAUGAUACCUCAUCCCUACGACAUGACAACUCGUAACUUUCCUCGACGUGAUAGUCGAACACAAAGUGCAAGUAGCACCCGAGCAUUAGAGCUACUCAGAUCAACUGUACAGUAUUCUUUCAAUAAAGAAAUUAUGAAGUUAUGUGAAGAAAAUCUAAUGUUAUACGAAAUUGCCGCAAAGAAUAUCCGAGAGAAUACAGGCGAUAAUAUAACUCGAGAUGAUAUUUACGCACUGAUUAGGAAAAGUCUAGAUGAGUCAAAAAGAAUGUUCGAACCUGGCAAAACGAAAGCUUCUCAAAGUGGCGAAAAGCGUGAAAGAAUAAAAGAGCCUAGGAUUGAGAAAUAUAAACACAAAGCCGCUACAGUAAAACAAAACAUUCAUGCAACAGUUGCAGCCAAGAAAAAGGGAAUUAAACUUAAGCGAAAGGUUCGUGGUAAAGGUGCAAAAGGUGAAAGAGGUAGUAAAAUGGCCCGUCUAGAAGAUAAGCAUCCAGCUUUACAGUGGCAUGAAGAUGACGUCGAUUACAACACAAGAUUUAUUCUUGGAUCAAAAGCUAAUAAGAUUCUUGGUUACAGCAGUGCUCGUGGCCGUUUAUAUAGCAAGCAUCCACAAUUGUUUAAGUACGUCGGCGAUCAAGAUGACCGACAAUGGCUUUAUGAUAACAAGUUAUUACCGAUUACCGGAGGAAAGGCAUACAUGUUAAUAGCAAGACGCGUCAAACAACUUGUCGAAGAUUUUGAAGAAUACCGGAAUAACGAUACCAUACAGGGGAGAAAAGAAGAACUAAAUGGUUUUCAUGUUCCUAGACAGAUGAUAGAAAAAAUGAAAAACGCUAUCAGAGCGUCAAGAAAAGCUGCAGAAUCAUCUACAAGAAGAUACAAUAAGGUGCAUCGAAAACAAGAUACUAAACAAUCGACAGGUAGCGAUGAGAAAGAGAAACGUAACUAUGUAAGUCAUACAUCGGCAAAGAGUAAUCAGAUAGAAAAUGGUAAAUCUAAGGAAACGGAUAAAAGCUCCGAUACAACAAAAGGUCAUUCCCUAAAUGAAAAAGAACUGAGACGACCAGCUUCAGCGUCAUCAUCGAGGAGAAGUUCAAGGGAGAAACCACCCGUUAUCUAUUCUCAAGAUAGUAGUUCUUCACCGACUGUGGGGGCCAAUAAUUCCGACGAAGAAACUGAUGAUGCAGAAGAAACGCUAGAAACCAACCGAAAGUUACAGUACGAAGAGAGUCAAAUGUUGAAGCAAGCUCGUGAAUGA